GUCUCCCAUCGUGCUGCAAUAUAACUGUAACGUUUUUUUUUUCUUUGCAAAGAGGAAAUUUAUGGGGGGGGAAAUGCCGAUGGGAUGGAGUUGCCUGGCCGCUACGCAUACGGCAUGAAUGUUUUAAGAGAGGAACAGGUGGGGAAAAGAAAAGAAGCGCGUCAGGGGGAUAUGCUGAUGGGCUGCUUCACCUGGGGGGAUGCCAACCCGAACGGACUCCGCUCUGCCUCGAUCUGAGGCGAACAGCGGAAAAAGAGGAAGAGAAGAAGGAGAACGCCAAGCGGAACAAACCUCCUCGUUGUCCUUAACAACUAAGGGGGGUACCUCACCCGUUCUGGCGUCGACCCUUUCGCGGGAUUCACCUCAUGUCCGCCGCUCCAAAGCAGUGGGUUCUUCCCUCGCCGUGGCGCUGCCUCUUCCCUCGGGGAAUGUAGUGCCCCCACAACCAGCCAUUUGACGCAUUUGGUUUUUGCAACAUGAUGGGGAAAAAAAAAGGAAAAAGAACAGAAAAAAGAAGAAAAAAAAAAGCUACCUCAUUUUAUUGCCAACCUCUUCGCGCUCGAACAGUCGCAUGUACAAUUCCGCUUGAUGAGGAGACGAUUCUCCCAGUGGAUUUAAAAUGGGGGCGCCCCUCCCCGAUCGGUGAUCCAAAAAAAAAAAGCAAUUUAAAAAAAAAAAAAAAGUAG